AAAUUUCCCUGACGUAAACACUCCCAAACCUCACUCACUCACUCGCUGCUGCUGCCCGGACUUCCUUUGAAAACACCUACAUGCAGCUCAUGACUGAGAGGACUUUGAACUAUCUUAACCCGCUUUAAUCCAACCUGUAGUAGCUGACCGAGUGGCUGCAACGCUUAUUGACUAAAUGGCCUUGCUUUUGUUUGGAGGACGUUUGUUUAAAUGCAGCAGAGACGUCGGGAAGAUCAUGGAGGCGUCGCAGCUGUACUGCUCUUCAGCUUCCUCGGGCAAGCGGCGUGUUAACGGCGUUGAUCUGUACUACGAGCAAACAGGACAAGGGAAACAUGCUGUUCUUCUCUUUCCUGGUGCUCUGGGAAGCACAAAGACAGAUUUCGGUCCGCAGCUGAAGUCUCUGAACAAAGAGCGUUUCACUGUGGUGGGGUGGGAUCCCCGUGGAUAUGGGCAAUCCCGUCCUCCAGAUCGAGACUUCCCUUCUGACUUCUUUGAGAGGGAUGCAAAGGAUGGAGUAGAUCUGAUGAAGACUCUAGGUUUUAAGAAAUUCUCUUUGCUGGGUUGGAGCGACGGGGGAAUCACUGCUAUGAUUGCAGCUGCAAGGAACCCUGAUCUGAUAAAUAAGAUGGUCGUCUGGGGAUCUAAUGUCUUCGUUACUCAGGAUGACCUCAAGCUUUACAACAUGGUCCGUGAUGUCUCCAAGUGGAGUGCAAGAAUGAGGCAGCCCAUGGAGGAAGUGUACGGAGUGGAAGCAUUUGCUAAAAUAUGGGAGAACUGGGUGGAUGGCAUUGCUCAAUUUGCAAAGAGACCAGAAGGAAAUAUCUGCAUGGAACUUCUACCUCUUAUCAGUUGUCCAACCCUGAUCAUACACGGAGAGAAAGACCCUAUGGUCCCCAGCUUCCACCCUCAUUACCUUCACAAAAACAUCAAAGCAUCACGGUUGCAUCUAAUGCCAGAAGGAAAGCAUAACCUCCAUCUGAAGUAUUCGGAGGAAUUCAACAAACUAGUUGAAGACUUCCUGAAAGACUGAGGCAGAUCAUCAUUUGUUUUUUAGCCUGCAAACAAUCAUAGCGAAGAAAAUCUUCAUCUUG